AUAGUAAAUAAAUAUUUUGUGAAGGUACGCAAAAUGUUAGUGAAGGCAUAUUUUAAAGUUUCUCAAUUCGAAUUAUGAGCUAAGUAGUUUUGCUAUUCAAGAAUUAAAUAAUAAGCAACUAAUUAUGCAAGACACAAUGGCAAACCGUGAAAUUGCCAAUACAGACUUGACGAAGAUCGCUGCUUUACAACAAAAGCGUACAUUGGCCUUUGUGAAUCAUUUCGUGUUCACUACGGUUCAGUUCUUAAACAAUUUCGCAAAGAAUUGUGAGCAGAAAUUAAUGCACUUUGAGAGGAAGUUAGAAAAAAUUAAUGCAACCAUGGUAUUGUUAGAAGCCAGACUGUCAUCAAUACCAGAAGUUAAUAAUACUGCACUAACAGUUAUUAAGCCAGAAGAAAUGAAACAUGAACAGGAAGACCAAAAAGAGACAGAUGCAGAACAAAAUAACGAAGCUGCAUCAAAUGAUAAAGUUGAAUCUACUACUGAAUCUUCAACAAUAAAACCUGAAUAUGAAAGGUUUAUAAAAAUGGUGCAAGUUGGAGUACCAAUUGAUGCUGUAAAAUUAAAGAUUUCACUUGAGGGAUUAGAUCCCAAUGAAUUCGACAUUAUUAUGCGAAAAUAAAAACUUAAGAUUAAACUUUGCCUACAAAGUUAUAAAAAUUGUUAGGUGUUUAAUUAUAUUUAUGUAAAGAAAAAAAGAAAUGUUCCAAAAACAAUGCUAUUGCUGUUGAAGGCUGUACAGAACUAUUUUUUCAAAAUUCAUUUUUAAAUAUUCACUUUAAUUUUAUCUGAUAGAAAAGAAGUAUACAGACAGUAGGGCUGUAUCAUUGCCAAACAGAAAAAAAUUGUGACUUCUUAAUCCCAGACUGGUGGUAAAUAGACAUAAAACUUUUUUUUUAAGAUAGUUGGUAUGAGCAGAUUUAAUGUACUAAGUUCCAACCUAAUGUAAAUAGAAGUUCCCCUUGUACUUUAAAUCAACUGGAACUAAACUUACUUUAGUUUUGAACUAUUCUACUAAAAAUCCAUGAGUUCUUAUGUAAGCAAACUUGAAAUAUCUUUCUAAAUAUUCCUGUACAAAAUCAUAAAUGUUUUUUUCUCUGAAGAGUAAUAUUUAUAUUCUUAAAAAUGUUUCAGCCAAUUUUUUAACUACUUUAAUGAACAGACAUCUCUAGAUGAAUGUUUUUUUUAAUACCUUUCAAAGCUUCAAAUUUAAAUACUGGAAUGAUAAAAAGGUAAUAAAAUAAAGAGAGAAGGGUUUUUAACUUA